GUCACAGGAUCAGAUGGCAGAACAACAACAAACUUGACCAGGAAGACAUGGCUCCAUUGUCCUAAUGGAGACCCUCUUGACCUACCAGAAUUAUUGACGAUGGAGGCGGCGAAAGAUUUGUCAACAGAUGAGCCGGACUGUACAAGGCUCAGAAGUCAACAAGUGGUACAGCUGUGGACGUACCAACAUGGCCUACGUUUGCGACAUCUCACCCAAGUGGUGGGGAGAAAUCUUCAGGGGCACGGGAAUUGUCAUACGCCAAUCCCUGCGUGUCCUCUCCCAUCAAAACGACCUCGUCCGGCUGCAAUUUCAGGCUACUACUUCUGCAUUCAUGCACCUUUAAGUAAGGAAGAACUAUAUUCAAGUGAACUUCAGAGCUCUACAAACCCUAAUUGGUUGGAACUGGAACCAGAAAACCUAAAACCAAUUAAUCUACGAUCUAUGAAGGGUGUCUUGAUUAAGUUGUGGUUCAAACCAGAAAGGGAAAAUGCUCAGCUGGUCACCACAUGGGGAGUUCACUUCAGUGGUCUAGUUCCCAUAGGUGCAGUCCUGCCUUAUGAUCAUAAGAGGUACAAGCCAAAUACGUUGGUCUUCAAAGUACGACAAAUGUUUUACACUGCACCAGGAAGCUAUGAAUUUACUCAGCCUGAAAAAUCAUCACAGCCACUUCGCUUUGGAUAUUCAUUACCAUUGUCAGAGACAAAGCGCAGUUAUACUGUCAAUGCUCUAUCAAGGUUACACAGCACGAAGCGAGCUCAGCGUCAGCAAGAGCUUAGAUGUCAGGAGACUUGUGAGGUCUUAGAACUUCGAGGGGUAACUAGAACAUCACGCUCUGAGCUUCUGGCAACAAAGGUUGAAGACUGCCGAUUGAAGGUCGCUCUACUCAGGGAACAACUGGAGGCCGAGAUCGACCAGCUCCGGGCACUCAAACUCUCAGCUGACAACCUUGAUAAUCAAAAUCAAGAAAAAGGUCUGGAGCUGCUGGCGGGUUACCAGGGUCUUCACCGUCAGCUGGUCCACUUCAGAGGCUUACAGGAAAUGGCUAACACAGACAGUGAAAGACUACGGGACUGCUGCGUCUAUCUCAGUGAUUGGCGUAGACAGCUCAUUGCUCAACUUCCCAUAAUCUACCCGAUCAAUCAAGAUAGUGAAGGAAAGGUUUACAUAUGUGGGGUUCACUUGCCUGAUGCAGAGAAUUAUGAUGGACUCAAUGAGGUGACCCUUAGUGUGGGACUUGGCUUUGUGGCCCAUCUGAUAGUAUUACUCUCCCAGCUGCUCCAUCUGCCUCUACGCUAUCCCAUCAAGCCUAACAGCUCAUUUCCCACCAUCACAGACACUACCUCUGUGCAACUCCGUGACAGUGAGAGAGAGUUCCCGCUGUACACCCGCGGGAAGGAGCGAGAGCGGCUCCACUUCAAUUAUGGGGUAUUUUUGCUAAAUAAGAAUAUUGCCCAAAUGAGAUGGUACUGUGGCCUCCCCACCCAAGACCUGCGACCAACUCUACCAAAUUUAAGCUUUCUCAUGUCAAAGCUCACCCAAAAUGGACCUGUGGGUAACCAAGCACCAGCAGUGAUGCCAGAUGUACUAAUGCCAAUGCCAGCUUUGUCUGCCCCGGUGAAUCUUGAGGUCCGCACCCCUGCUAGUCUCCUGCACCAGCAACGUUCCCCGCGCCUCCCGCUAAAUCCCCUUGGCCGUAGCACCUCCCAGGAGCAUCCUAAAAAUGGCUUGGUAGAUAAUGAAGAGGAUGAAGAUAGUGCAUCACAUUGGAAGUUAGUAAAAUCUGGUAGUGAAACAAAUUCAAGCGAUGCAUCUCCUGAAAAGGCUACACUGUUUGUAAGAGAAGCUGUGCCACUUGGUGGUAAAGGCAGUACUGGAAAAUUUGUGUUUGUGGAUAAAGUUCAAAAUCCGUUGGUUGACACUAACCAUGUGGAACAGAAUUUGGAAGAACGAUUAUCACAUUCUAAUGGUUUUAGUUUUUCACUAGAUAAUGGUCUCAAUCAUAUUGGUGGAAAGCAUAAUCCAUAUUAUAAGAUUAAGAACCUGUCUUGUUGUGAUGAUCUGAAACUGAUGAAUAAUGUUUCUAAGGCACUCGGGUAUGUGCGAGGCUCAGACCCCAGCUUGUUGGUAAAUGCUGAUUUAGUUACAUCAGGAGAAGGAGAGGAAGAUAUUUUUCCAGUCUUUAAAGAACAAACUACAGAAUUACUCCGGUCAUGGCAUGAAGAUGAUCCCUCCCACUACACAGGUGUGUCAGAGGUGGGAAGCUCCGAGAGGUUAGAAGAGGUCGGUGUCGAGUGUGACGAGUCUUUCAUGUGUUCAGCGGACACCAGAGAAACGUCUCCACACAGGACAGAUUCAAACCAAACUGAAGAAAAUAAUGACUGUCCAUUGAGAGAACCCGUGCAGGCUAAAGAGACAGAUGAACCUUUGUCUAGCAGCCAAGAAACUAAAAAUUCAACAGAAAAUACAGAAAUGGAAAAUCCUCUGCCUGAUCAUCAAGGUGGAGACAACUCACAUAACUCAGCAAAUGGAAAAGAUGCUGUUUUAUCUCUCUCAGAAUUUGGGAUUACUGAAGAUAUGUUUCUCACAGAUGUUGCUUUCAGAACUGCAGCUUUAGCAAGUCAGAAUUGUAGUUUUAAAAUGUCAUUCUCUAGACAGAGUACAGAAGAUGAAUAUCAUUAGGUAAUAUUUUAAUUAGUUUUAAAUAUUGUAGUUAUUACCGUAAACAAAAGUAGUAGUGUCAAUAUUUAAUACUGAUAGAAUACAUAGAAACUUGAUAAUAUUUGAGAAUUUGAUUGGUGAAAAGACAAUAGUAUAUACAGUAUAUAAAGGACAAAAUUCACAAUAGAUAGAGUUAUUGUCAAAAAUACAUCAAAGUCUAUGUUGCUUUCUUCUGAAGACCAACUAGAGCGUAGAAUAACACUACUGUACUGGGAUAAAACCAGGAAGCUUAAGUAUGGGUUGUAUAGUAGUAGGAGUAGUUGUGCAUAUUGGGGCCUCAACAUCCAGCUUUGUAUUUCAAAAGAGACUGUAAGGAGUGUUUAAAACUUUUCCACUAUACAAUUUGUGAAUUACUGAUGAUAACUGCAUAUUAUUAUUUUACUUUUAUUUAAAUUUUUUAUAUUCCAAGGCUGUUAAACCCUUUCAUGUGUUUCAGAAGGGUUCAUUCAUACGUUGUGAAACUUAACUGUCGGAGCUGUGAUAAUGUGUUUUGUACCCGUGAAGGAGCUUAUAUAUGUAUAUAUAUAUAUAUAUAUAUAUAUAUAUAUAUAUAUAUAUAUAUAUAUAUACAUACCCCUCUUAAAAGACUAAGUUGAUAACACUAAUAAGUCACUCGUACUAUGAUUGGUAUGUAUCUUAGAAUAGUAUUUAGUCACUGUUACCAUGAUUGAAUGUAUCUAGAGUCUGUACCAUGUGUUUUCUGCCUUGCAAUUUAUUAACAGACAUAACUUACACCUCACCUAAGUGUAAAGAAAAAGUUUGGACCAGUUAUCCCUAAAGAAACAGAGCACAGAACCAGCAAGUAAAUAGCAAAGGCUAAAAAAGUAAUUUAUUCUUGCACUUGUACCAUUAUUACACACACUUGGGAUGAAUAAUCUUAAGGGUGGCCACACAGCAGGUCUAUUAUACAGGUCUUGUUUAGUCACCUGUGUAAUCCUAAGAAUGGUUAGGACACUGAACUAGAACUAAAAAAUGCUGGGAAACUGUUUCUCAUUUUUGCUCAACUGUCUCUAGCACAUAUUUUUAUUUCAUAAUCAAACAAGAUUCCGUAAGUGUGGAAAAUGACCCUAUCUGUUGAUGAUGAUUACAAAAGUGUCCGCUGUCAUCUUGAUUGCUAAGUACGGUAAACAUGUUUUGGGCUCUUGAGAGACUUAUUAUUUCUUCAGACCCACACUCUCACUUCUAAUUUUCCUAUAUGGUCUUUCUUAAUACUGGACUCGACUCCUUAGAUAAUGUGUAUGACCAGGCAGGGUGGGGAUGUGUUUUGAUUCUAUAGGGUGUCUGUUGUUAUGUUCCUGAUAGUCUGUGCUGUCCGUCUACAUGUAAAACUGAACUAAACUUGGUCUUCAGGGUGCACUGAGAUUAAAUGUAGGUUAGAAUGUUUAUGUAAGAAAAAGGUUUUGUACCUUAAGAAUUUUUUGUGAUCCAUUUGUACAUUAUAAAUUAAUAGUCAUUAUUGUAAUAAUUUAUAAUAUAUAGUACUUGCUGCAGUGAAAAUUUUAUCUAAAUUUUUCAUGUCCUAAAAUGCAAGUUCUCUCAAUACACCAGAGUGUUAAGUACAGUGAAACCUCAUUAAUUUGAAUUAAUUUUGGGGGAAACGUGAUCUGGAUUAUUUCAAUAAAUGGCAAAUUAACAAAUACAGUAUAAUGGAGAAAACACAAUAAUAUUCUGUAAAACAAAUAAAGGUGAUUAUAUAUUUAA